AUGGGCCAAAUGAUACCAGACCUCACAUCGGCCGCGGCCAUGGAGUUCAAACCCAGCAGCGGCAACGGAGCCAAGAAGCCACACCGACGCCAACAAUCCCAACCACAACAAAAUGCGGCGGCCGCCAACAGCUUCACAGAGAGUGUCAUCGGAGCCACCGGCCCCAACGCCAACCCCCGCCUUGCCCAGAUCAUGCCCAGUCUUGUCCGGCACCUUCAUGCCUUCGCUCGAGAAGUGAACUUGACCGUGGCCGAGUGGACAGCAGCCGUUGAUUUCAUCAACGAAUGCGGCAAAAUGUCCUCCGACCGGCGCAACGAAACCCAACUCCUCUGCGACAUCUUCGGGCUCGAAAGCCUCGUCGACGAAAUCACCUCCACCCUCCUCGCCACCUCCACCGCGGAAACCCCCUCCUCCAUCCUCGGCCCCUUCUACCGCCACGACGCGCCCCUCCUCGCCAACGGCAGUUCCAUCGUGCAAAACAUGACCCCCUCCGUACCCUGGUACGACCAAGCGGUAGCCGACUCCGCCUUCCUCACGGGCCGCGUGCUAGCCAGCUCGGGCAUGCCGAUCAAGGGCGCGACGGUGGACGUGUGGCACGCAGCACCGAAUGGACUCUACGAGCAGCAGGACACGGAGCAGCCGGAGAUGAAUUUCCGCGGGCGGUUUGAGACGGAUGCGGAGGGGGGGUAUGCGCUGUACGCGUUGCGGCCGGUGGCGUAUCCGAUUCCGGAUGAUGGGCCCGCGGGGAGGUUGUUGGGGAUGUUGGAUCGGCAUCCGUAUCGGCCAGGACAUAUUCAUUUUAUUGUGUCGGCGCCGGGGUUUCGGAGUUUGACGACGCAGUUGUAUGAUGAUCGGGAUGAGUAUGUUACUAAUGAUGCGGUGUUUGCGGUGAAGGAGGAGUUGGUGGUGAAGUUUGUGCCGAGAAAGGACGAUCCGAAGGCGCGGUGGUCACUUAACUAUGACUUCGUACUAGGGCGGGUCUAA